AUGAGAGGAGCUCUCUCCUCUCUCCUGGAAAUCUGUGGCUUCGCCGGACGACUUCUCUAUGCGGCUUUUACGACGGUGCUUGCGAUUGCCAUUGCUAAUCAGGAGAAGGUUCGGAAUUCUUCGGAUCCACAUAAGGCUACGGAGGAGGUGGACAGCAAAGUCAUAGUUAAACCGCUUCUUUUAGGCCCUGGUCAAAUAGCGUCCAAUGGAGCUGUUACCUGUAAAAAACGACGGCGAUCUUCCGUCGGGCUUGCCUCGGCCGCUCCUUCAGAAAAGCGCCGGCGAUGCCCCAAAAUUGUAUUGUGGAAAUUCCAUAUACCCUCUUUGGAUGAGCUGGAGAGGGGAGAGGAUGCUGCCUCCCUUCCGCCCGAUGCACCAAGUCCAUCCACAAACAAGAUUGAAACUGUGAUUGCAGCUUCCAAUCCCGAUUUGAUAACGCUUAGACCCCGAGAUGGGGCGAGCGGUGUCCGUGAGAAUUAUGGUACUGGUACGCCUGUUAAUGUCUCCCCUCUCUCGCCGGUGGUGCUUCUCCGCCCGCUGAAAGUGGAGAUGUGGCGGUACCUCAGGAUUCCUUCAAGGAAAAUUCAAAUCCCCAUGGCAAGCGAAAUAGAUGGGGUAGACAAGGCUGAUUCUGACAUACGCUUGAUGCCUCGCUCGCCCACGUUGUUGAAACUUAGACCCUGCACUGGGGCGAGGUUCAACGGUUUGAUACGUGGAAGGGGUAAGCCUGGACUUGCUUCCUGCUGCUGGCCGGUGACUGUUCUCCGGCCACCGAUGAUGAAGCGGUGA